UAGUUCACCCCUCCAACCCUCUCCCCCUUUAUCUCACCACCAUCACCAUCAUCCCAAGUCGCAAAAUCUCUUUCCCUAAUUAACAUGACGAAAGACAUGGUGGAGCAAGGCUCAUUCUCGUCGAAGGACUACCACAACCCACCACCAGCGGCGUUCAUCGAUGCCAAGGAGCUGACCAUGCGGUCAUUCUACAGAGCUGUGAUCGCUGAGUUCAUUGCAACCCUUCUCUUCCUUUACAUUACCGUCUCGACUAUUAUUGGUUACAAGAGUCAAAUCAACAAGGGCGACGACCUUUGUGUUGGCGUCAGUGUUUUGGGUAUCGCUUGUGCCUUUGGUGGCAUGAUCUUCGUUCUUGUUUACUGUACAACUAACAUCUCUGGAGGCCACAUUAACCCUGCCGUGACUUUUGGUUUACUUCUGGCUCGUAAAGUGUCACUGCCUAGAGCUAUCAUGUUCAUGGUGGCUCAGUGUUUAGGAGCCAUUUAUGGUGUGGCCUUAGUCAAGGCUUUUUACAAGACUUAUUAUGACACCUACGGUGGCGGUGCCAACGAGCUAGCCCACGGCUACAAUACAGGCAUUGGGUUGGGUGCGGAGAUCCUCGGCACUUUUGUUCUUGUCUACACCGUUUUCGCCGCCAUUGAUCCCAAGAGGAACGCUAGAGAUUCUCAUGUUCCUGUGUUGGCACCACUUCCCAUUGGGUUUGCUGUGUUCAUGGUUCACCUAGCCACAAUUCCCAUCACCGGAACCGGUAUCAACCCGGCUCGGAGUUUCGGAGCCGCAGUAGUAUACAACAAGAAGAGAGCUUGGGAUGAUCAAUGGAUAUUUUGGGUUGGACCCUUCACCGGUGCCGCCAUCGCUGCCUUCUACCACCAGUUCAUCUUGAGAGCCGGUGCAGUCAAAGCCCUUGAAUCGUUCGGAUCAAGCAGUACUCAUGUUUGAGAUCAUUUCAAUCUUUGAGAUCGGAAUAACAAACCAUGAAAAUGCACUGUGAAAGCCUUUAAUUAUCUAUCAUCAAGACGCAAAUUAAUUCGUGUUAUGAUAGCGUAUAAGGUGUUUUUAACGUUUUAAGCUUAGAGACCAAGAUGCAACAAGAGAAAUGCGUUAACAUAAAGUCCCACAAUUAUUACACAUAAUA